GUGAGGGUAAACUCCUCUUCAUAAUUUGGUCCUUCAUCCGCGUCGUCUGGAGGACGACGGAACCGAGCUAUCUACUCAACUAUCGGAGGAUUCAUCGCCUUCGUCUUGCGCCGAGCCACAGCUUCGCCGCAUUUAUCUCUUUCGGCAACUUCUUCAAAGAGGCACCCAACGUGUUUCUACGGGAUUUGCCAACUCUCCUAGUCGCCAACCGACAUCUACUGGCCACAGAGCUGUCCAGGAACUCUCCGGAACCGCCACUUUGUUACAUCAUCGUGCGUCCGGAAGAUCACAACCUCACAUUUGCCACGAGGUCUUUUGUCUCCACGUGUUUACUAAGACAUAACCGUAUUCUUGGAAAGAGGGGAGCGCUCAAAGGCUCUGUGACGCGAAUUGAGACCUUCAUUCGAGAUCUGGAUGAGUCGCGUAUUGAAACUCCAGAAGUUCAGAGGGAGAUACGCGGCAAAUUAGAGUAUUUGAAUGAGAUCAGGGACAAGCUUCUCACCACUCAUGAGGCCAUCAUAUCCAGCAACGAGGAAGAUCCCAUCCAAGCAGAGAAGUUCCUCAAUGAAUUGUAUUCCACAAUCGACAUGGUGGACACUUCGCUCAGGGUUUUGAUCGUGAAGGACACGACUGAGAAAAAUAACACUACCUCCGAUAACGCCUCGAAUGCCAACUCCUCAGGCAGUCAACUUGAGAGUUUCCUCGAGAAGUUCACUCAGGUUUUGUCAAAUUUGUCCUCAGACAAGUCCACCGAGAACUCUAUUUCUGGUCAUGUGAAGCUUGAGCCCAUCAAGAUUCCCAUCUUCUCAGGCGCUUAUCAUGAGUGGCCCACAUUCAAAGACAUUUUCUUGACCUCGAUCGGGAACUCCAGCAAGUUAUCCGAUGCUCACAAGAUGCAGUAUCUUGUCUCUUUCCUGGCUGGAGAAGCCAAGGAGACAGUACAGCAUAUGAGGAUUUGCGACGCGAAUUACAAGGCGGCAUGGGCACUGCUCUCAGAGAAAUAUGAUGAUCAGUGUGCGUUGAUUAAUGACAACAUUCAGAGAUUCCUCGCGCAGCCAAACAUCAAAACUUCCUCUCAGACAUCCAUUCGUCAAUUCCGCACCACAUGCAAUUCCAUUCUGCACUCCCUCGACGCGCUGAACGCAAACGGACGUGACAUUUGGCUUGUUCAUUGGGCUUCCAGGCAUUUGGACAACGAUUCCAUGAUACUUUGGGCACAAAAGAUCAAGAACAAGAUUCCAACUUGGGCUACAUUUGAUGAAUUUCUUGACGAGCGUGCAAAGACCCUCGCUAUCUACACUCCACCCGUUGAGAAGUCUUCAUUGUCAAAAGUCCAGGCUCCCCAAAAGGCCACUCCUCGCGCCAAGCCGUCCACUACCGCACUCGUGACCACCGAUGCGUCGAAUCUGUGUGAUUGUUGCAAGGAAAACCCUCACAGGCUGUUCAAGUGCCCAAAGUUUGCCUCGUACAAUCCCGCAGAGAGGCUUGGAUUCGUGAAAUCCCACAAUCUUUGCCGAAAUUGUCUGGGAAAAAACCACGUCACCAAGGAUUGCCAGUCUUCCCAUUGUAAGAGGUGCUCAACAAAGCAUUCAACGUUGCUACACGAUGCAUUUCCUUCAACUUCAACUCACACUCAGAGUCAGUCUCCAAUAGCUGACACGCCAAAGCCAUCCACAACAGCUCAAUCCGACGACUCUGACAAGGCUAAUCCUCAAACUGUGGCAAUUUCGUCGACUGUCUUGUCUUCUCAGGCAACUACUAAGGUGUUUCUGGCCACAGCGAUUGUGCAGAUCCUUGAUAAGGACAACAACGCCCAUCUCUGCAGGGCAAUUCUCGAUUCUGGCGCUCAGAUGAACUUGAUGACUCAAGAUCUUUGCCAGAAAUUGAAGCUCAAGAAGUCUCCAUCUGACGUGGUCAUCACUGGAGUCACAAAUGCUCAAAGAACUGCUAAAUUCCAGACUGGAAGUGUUGUUCGCUCUCGCGUCAAUAAUGCCCACUUCGAAUUCGACUGCCUCAUCGUUCCCAAAAUCACUGGGAAUCUCCCAAAUUGGAAAGUGGACACAACUGCCAUUCCAAUUCCACCAAAUCUCGCUCUGGCUGACCCUUCUUGGAAUGUCACUGGCUCCAUAGACAUUCUCAUUGGUGCAUCUCUCUAUUUCGACAUCGUCAAGGAUCAGUCAAUCAAGCUCGGAACUGGUCUUCCUCAAUUGAAGAACACAGAUUUCGGGUGGAUCAUUGUGGGAGCUCAUCAUACGGAGCCUCAAGCGCCUCCUGAGGUUUAUUGUUGUCUCACCACGCUCUCCAGCAUCGAUGCCUCCCUGAAGAAACUCUGUGAAGUAGAGGAGUUUCCUUCCAAGCAUCCUCCCACUGAGGAACACAAGGAAGUGGAGAAGCUCUACUCUGAGACAACAGUUAGAGAUUCAACAGGGCGAUAUGUCGUUCAUCUUCCUCUGCGAUCCACUGUGGAGAACUUGGCGGACAACAAGGAGAAUGCAAAGCGUCAAUUCUUCCGCUUGGAGAAGCGCCUUGACAAGGAUCCUCAGCUCAAGGUCGAAUAUUCCGCGUCUAUUCAGCAAUAUCUUGAUCAGGGCUUCCUCGAGCCAAUUCCCUCCACUGGUACUUCCGAAAACGUCUACUACUUGCCACAUCAUCCCGUGAUCAAGGCCUCUUCAACCACCACAAAGGUGCGAGUGGUGUACAAUGCGAGCUCUCGCUCUUCCACCGGUCUCAGCCUCAAUGAUGUCUUGAAAAUUGGCCCCACAGUCCAACCAGAUGUGUUUGAAACGUUGUUGAUGUUUCGAAGGCAUCCCAUUGCUCUCAGUGCGGACAUUCGUCAAAUGUAUCCGCAAUUUCUGCUCCAGCCAGAGUACAGGGAUUUGCAGAGGAUCUUCUGGAGGAAUUCCAAGACAGAGCCGCUUCAGGAAUAUCGACUCACUGGAGUUUGCUUUGGUGUCGCAUCGUCACCUUUUCUCGCCACCCGCUCAUUGAAUCAACUCGCCGUGGAUGAACAGCAAUCAUAUCCAAAGGCCUCUCACGUGCUGCUCAACAAUUUCUACGUGGAUGAUUGCCUGCUCUCCUGCCCCACCAUCGAAGACGCUCUCGAAACGCAGCAACAAUUGAUUUCCAUCACUCAAGCAGCAGGUCUUGUUCUGACCAAGUGGUGUUCGAAUCGCAAGGAACUUCUUCAAGUCUCCGAUGAUGCCACGACGACCUCACUUGAUGUGCCAGAAAGUUCCGUCGGGACUUUGGGAAUGAAAUACAAUCCACAGAAAGACAUAUUUCAUUUUAAUUUCAUCUCUGAAGAGCUCCGAGGCGACACUAUGCGUGAAAUCUUCUCCAAAAUUGCGCGUCUUUAUGAUCCUCACGGCUUCUUGGGUCCAGUCAUCAUUCGUGGGAAGAUUUUUCUCCAAUCUCUCUGGGAUCUGAAAGUCAAAUGGGAUGACAAACUUCCACCAGAAGUUCUCUCCACUUGGGAUGCAUUUUACGAUGAUCUUACUCAAGUUUCCUGCAUUACAAUCCCUCGCUGGGCCUCCUCAAUUCUCUCACCCACGUCAGAGGAAUUGCACGUUUUUUGUGAUGCAAGUACAUCAGCAUAUGGCGCUGCCUUGUACUAUGUGACUGAAGAUCAGCACGGUCGAUCGUCUCACCUCAUCUUCGCCAAGUCAAAAGUCGCACCAAAAACCACGCAAACCAUUCCUCGGCUGGAACUCAUGAGCGCAGAAUUGGCUGCCCAGAUGAUGAAUAAAUUCCGCGAAGCUCUCCAGAUCAAGGCGUGUUUCUUUUGGACCGAUUCCAUGGUUGUGUACCACCAGAUUCAGUCGCUGGACAAGAAAUUCGAUGUAUUUGUAGCCCAUCGGCUCGGAAAAAUACACACCGUUUCCCAACGAGAGGACUGGAAUCAUGUUCCUGGGACGCUCAACCCCGCUGACAUCAUUUCAAGAGGAACAUCCACUGAAGAUCUCCGCAACUCAACUAUGUGGUGGCACGGAGCACCAUUUCUCCUUCAAUCUCGCUCUCACUGGCCUCGCGUUCACUUGCCAGCAGACGACUCAAUCCUGAUCGCAUCUCUGAUCACAGAGAGUCCAAGUGAGCCCACACCAGUGGAUUUCAUCUCGAAACUCAUCGCAAAAUCGUCAGAUUAUCAAGAAGUGACUGAAGUUCUUGCCAUCACCUUGAGGUUCUUUAAGUUCACCACAAACCAUCGCAACGGCCCAAUCUCUGUGGAAGAAAUUCGUCUGGCAGAGUUGGUUCUGCUCAAAUGGGAUCAGCUGAACAAGCUAUCAGAAGUGUUCACCUCCAUCAGGAACAACACUCUUCAGUCUAAUCGCGCAAUGAAGAAAAUCAAAUCUCUGUCUCCAUUCAUCGACCAGGACGGUAUCAUUCGUGUAGGUGGUCGAAUUUCCCAGUCAAUCGAGCUCUACGACACGCGUCACCCAAUUCUGCUGCCAAAGGGUGAGCUCGCCCGAUUGAUCGCCACACAUGAACAUCGAAAGCAAAUGCAUCCAGGUCCUCAACUUCUUCUUGCCACUCUUCGUCAGCGAGUUUGGCCCCUCGGAUCACGCAAUUUGACACGUCAAGUUGUUCACAAUUGUGUUCGAUGCUUUCGCUGCAAGCCUCAGCUUCAGCACCAAUUCAUGGGCGAUUUACCUCAAGAACGAGUCAUCGCCACGGCUCCAUUUCACAACACAGGAGUUGAUUUCUGCGGCCCUUUCUGGAUCAGGCCAGAUCUGAAGCGUGGUGGAAGUCCUCAGAAGGCUUACGUGUGCAUCUUCAUUUGCCUGGCCAUAAAGGCAGUUCACAUCGAGCUGGUCAGCAAUCUUAGUUGUGAUGCAUUCAUUGCAGCUUUGCGCAGAUUUGCAGCACGUCGCUCCGCUCCUCUCCACAUCUUUAGUGACAAUGCCACUAAUUUCACUGCAGCCGACAAGGAGUUGCAAACACUCCUCAAGUCUCAAUCCGCACAAGAUCAACUCUCCGCAGCUGCAACUUCGAUGAAUAUCACCUGGCACUUCCAGCCACCUCGUUCUCCCCAUCAUGGUGGCCUUUGGGAGUCCGCGGUGAAGUCUCUGAAGCAUCAUUUGCUGCGUACCAUCGGUGAUAAACGGCUCACAUUCGAGGGUUUCUACACAGUGCUCACGCAAGUGGAGAGUAUUCUCAACAGCCGACCACUCACACCGCUCACGGACGAUCCAUCGGAGCUCAUGUGCCUCACACCUGGACAUUUCCUCAUGGGAAAACCGGUCAAUCAAAUCCCUGAUCCCAGUCUUCAGGAAAUACCGCUCAAUCAUCUCGAUCGCUGGCAACAACAUCAACAGAUGGCACAGGAAUUCUCUCGUCGAUGGAGACUUGAGUAUCUCACUGAACUUCAGCGAAGGACAAAGUGGUUUUCGCCUCAGCCCAACUUGAAAAUUGGAGAUCUAGUGAUUCUGCACGAAGAUAACUCGCCCACGCAUCACUGGCCUCUCGGUGUCAUCGACAAGAUUCAUCCGGGCAAGGAUUCAAAGGUUCGAGUGGUGACGGUUCGCACAUCCAAGGGCUGCUACAAGAGAUCGAUCGCCAAGGUCUGUCGCCUGCCUUCAACCGAAGACGAUCAGCUCUUCCAAAUCACGGAGGAUCCUGCGGGCCUCGAAAGGGGGGAGCAUGAAUCCGCCAAUCGUGUCGCAACAGAUAUAAUCUCGCACUGUUGCGCUUUGCCACCAUCAGGAUUUAAGCCAGUAGUCAGCAAAGUGACCAACAAUUGGCCAAGCUAUCGGAGGCCACAGGGUGACAAUAUUCCUACGCUGCUGCAUCGAUUUAAGGGCGGAGAGAACCUGGCACAAGACAGUCUCGCACCUGACUUCCACCACGUGCGCUCCUCCCGGGGUGAUAUGUCUCACCAUUCAACAGUGUGUGGCCCUAAUGUCUCCUCCACUUACACAACAAAUGCAGAUGUUCUCUGA